AUGAUACCCAAGGCAAAGGGCAAACACAAAUCCAAAGCCGCUGGAUCAAAGAAAUCCAAGAAGACCAAAGUGGCUCCAGCAAAAGGUACUAGCUCCAUCUCUAAUUCCACUCCUUUAUCCAAAUUCAAAUUGAAGGCUAAAAUCAACCCACCUUUUUCCACCUCCAGGGAGGAUGUCUCUCCUGAAACGGAAGACUCACUACCUGAGUUGGACCCCUCCUUAACCGAGCCAAUUCCUGAAGAGCCUCAUGAAGAGUUGGAGGAGGAGACUGAAUCUGAAGCAGACCCAUCAGAAACCACUCCAGUUGCAUCUGACCCAAAGGGCACAACACCAUUGGCAUUUCCUUAA